AGUCUCACUUUACCUUCCUCCACACCAUCUGUAAUCAUGACUGCGAGGAUGCGUUGGUUUCGCCUGUUCCUCCUUUUGUGCUGCGUGCGGAGCUGCCAGCCGACAAAUAUAGACCCCCAAGGCGCCACUGGUACAGAGACAGACAAAGGGGUUUGGGUCAACUCCCAAGGCCGUCAAGUGCUGAGCAGCCAUCUAACAACCGUCUUCAUCCCCAUCAUCUACAUCAUCGUGUUUGCUGUGGGACUGCCCACCAAUGCCAUGGCCAUCUGGGUGUUCCUCUUCAGGACCAAGAAAAGACACCCGUCGUCCAUCUACAUGGCCAACCUGGCUCUGGCUGACCUGCUGUUUGUCAUCUGGAUCCCCUUAAAGAUAGCGUACCACUUCAACGGCAACAACUGGAUCUACGGGGAGGGCUUGUGCAAAGUGCUGGUGGGGUUUUUCUACGGCAACAUGUACUGCUCCAUCGCCUUCAUCGCCUGUAUAAGUGUUCAGCGUUACUGGGCCGUGGUCCAUCCGUUGUCCCAUCAGCAGAAAGACAACCGCGUAGCUGUUGCAGUCUCCGUCAUGGUCUGGGUGGUGGUCUGGCUCCUCACCAUCCCGCUCUACCUGUAUGAACAAGAGGUCUUUGUCCCGAACCUCAAAAUCCACACCUGCCACGACGUCACCAGGCCCAGUCAGAAGGAAAUGGCUGCAGGCUACUUCCUGACAAUGGGAAUUGUGGGAUUUGUUGUGCCAACCGUUGUGUGCAUCAUAUCCUAUAUCCACAUGCUCAAGUCUCUCAAGAACAGCAUGGCGGACCCCGAUAUUGCCAAGAGGCGACGAAAAGCAGUGGUCUUGAUCAUCACCGUGCUGGUGAUGUUUUUGGUGUGCUUCACCCCCAGUAAUAUCAUGCUGCUGGUGCACUAUGUCCUCCUGUUGGUUGGGACUGACAACAACCUGUACGGAUUUUAUAUCACCACACUGUGUUUGGCGAGUCUCAACAGCUGCUUCGACCCCUUUGUUUACUACUUUAUCUCCGAGGACUUCAGGAAUCAUGUGAAGAACACCUUCCUGUGCAGGAGUGAGAGGACAGUUGAGAGGAUGAGGGUCUCCUUCAGCGCUCUCAAGUUCUCCAAGAAGAGCAACACGUAUACCUCUGAUUCAGGGAACACUCGGAGCACUGAGUGUUAGUGCAUCAAUAGUUUUUAGGCUAAUUCCUGAUCAUAAAACUCCCCCUAAGACAACAUGGAUUUCUUUACUGUGACUUAUCCAUGUGAGGAAAAACA